UUAAACCUCGGUGAUGAUCACUUGUCUAGUGACGACAGUGAUUGGGACCACAUUAGUGAGGCGGAUCCUAAUGAUUUUAUCAGCACAAGUAAACUUUCACCUGUGGCGGACAAAGAUGAAUCUAUUUGUGAAAAAGAGGUGUCCAAUCCUACCGUCACUCCGUUGCAGAAGCCUAAGCGGCGACUGGAAGUCAUAUCUAGCUUUGCCGUUGCUAAUAACUAGUCAGCUAAAUCAUGCUUACGUCUAA